CUCUCAGUCUUGUUCUCUAAAAUCUAAAGAAUAUGGAUUUGAUCACCUGGUUUCCUCAACGCAAUUGACACCCUUUUCCUCAACAAGAAGCCUGGGUAGAAGAGAGCCCGACUGACCUGCAGGGACAUUUCGUGCUGGAUACACGAUGGAUGGGUGGCAGAAGUAGCGAAUGGUGUGCCUGGUGGGACUGUUGAUUGAGGACAUAGAAGAUUUAUACCUAUUCGUACCAUGGUAACAGGGUUCUUGCUGAUUGGACCUGGGUCAGCCCUGGCUUAUCGAAGAUUGAAGAAAGGGGAUACAGCUGCUCAAAACCUCACAAGGCUAACCCCUAUGAGCAAAGCAAUGGGACGGGCUGUGAGUACUCAGACUGUUCUUAUUGAACGCCACAUGGAUAAGAUCUUGGAGAAGCUCACGGCUCUUCAACAGACCCGGUGACCAGUGAUUGACAUUUAGACCAGCUGUAAAAUUGGAGCAGCUCGUUUGCACUAAACCCAAAUAUCAUUUCUCUCGUCUGGAUACCCAAUGUCGCUGGAAGGCCCAUCAAGGCCGAGGGUGGCUGAAAACUCUCUGUGCCCAUAUCCUUCCAAGUCCCAUAGGCUGUGAUUGUUGACUUUCGCUUAACUGGGUGUCUCAGCACUAGAGAGAGCAAACAGGACAACAUGUGUGCCUGGAUUUGAGUCAAAGCUGCUGAUUUUCAGAGUGUCCAAGCAAGACCUGAGGCCGGGCAUGAGGCUGGGCAGAGUGGGCUUCACUGACUGUACAGACCGCAGAAUAUUUCUUUUCAGCACUGACGACAGUCGCUUUGGUGUAAAGGCAGAUGGUGUAUUAAUGUUAAACAGAAAGGUUGUUCUUCAUAAAGGACUGGAGAACUUCUUCAUCCACUCCUGGGACUCUCGCGGUGAGAGAAUAACAGUUCCAGUCAGCGUAGUUCAAUGUGAGCAUCCCCAUGAACACCAUCGUGGUCACUGCUGUAGAAAGCACCACCAUGGAGACCAUAUAAACAGUCAUCAUUGCAGUACUAAAGUGGACUCUGCUAACCACACAGAGAAUGCCACUGAUCUACAAGUGCCUGUUCUGCAAUUCCCCAAGUCUGGUGGAGGGCUGAGGAGGAGGAAAAGGGACUGGGUUAUUCCUCCACUCAAUGUUCCUGAGAAUCAGAGAGGAACCUAUCCCCUAAAAGUAGCUCAGAUCCACUCCAGUGAAGAUAAAACAAGGAAGCUCUUUUACAGCAUCACUGGUCCAGGAGCUGAUCUGCCUCCUGUUGGUCGUUUCACCUUGGACAGACAGACCGGCAGUCUGUAUGUAAGAGAACCACUGGACAGAGAGGAAACACACAGUUACACGUUUGAAGUACAUGCUGUGGCUGAUGGAGCAGGACAAGCUGAGGCUUCUAUGGAGAUUACAGUCAAUGUGAUCGACCAGAACGACAACAAACCUUAUUUUAGGUUGGAGUACAAUGCAAAUUUUGCUGAGGCCACGGCCAUCGGGACUGAGGUGGUUAGGGUUGAGGCCAAAGAUGACGAUGAGCCAGAUAAUCUCAACUCAGAUCUCCGCUAUCGUAUUCUGAACCAGGACCCACCGCUGCCCACUGACAACAUGUUUGAAAUCAACCCAGUUACUGGAAGCAUCAGAGUCACUGGUAAAGGACUAGACAGAGAGAAAUAUCCACAGUACACUCUGACAGUACAAGCAGCAGAUAUGGCAGGAGAAGGGUCAUCUGGACAAACAAAAGUCAUCUUCACAGUGACGGACAGCAAUGACAACGCUCCAGUCUUCACUCAGAAAUCUUAUAAUGCCACAGUUGAUGAAAACAAAAAGGAUGUUGUGGUGGUUAGGAUGAUAGUAACAGAUGAGGAUGAACCACAAACUCCAGCCUGGAAUGCCAAGUUCAAGAUCAUCGGUGGUGAUCCCGAUGGACUUUUCACAGUAAAAACAGGAACUAACAAACAGGAAGGAAUCCUUUCUACUGCAAAGGAGCUGGACUUUGAGAGGGUCAACAAGCACACUAUGUUGGUUUCAGUGGAGAAUGAAAUUCCUUUUGCUCCUGGUGUUUCUGUGGUCACUUCUACCGCCACAGUAGUGGUGGAUGUGGAUGAUGUGAAUGAAGCUCCAGUCUUUGAUCCAAAGGAGAAGCUUGUGGUAAAACCAGAGGACCUUGCUGUGGAUGAAGUCGUGGUGCAGUACACUGCUUCAGACCCAGACACUGCACGCAAGCAGAAAGUCACGUACAAAAUAUUGAAUGACCCUGCAGGCUGGCUGAAUGUGGACAAGGACACAGGCCUUAUUAAUGUGAGACAACUCAUGGACAGAGAGGCUUCCUUUGUAACAAACAACAGAUACAUCGCAACCAUCAGUGCAUAUGAUGAUGAUGCAGUCUCAGCUACAGGAACUGGUACUCUGAUCAUUCAGCUGGAAGAUGUCAAUGACAAUGCUCCCAUCGUUGAACAGCAUGAAAUUAUGGUGUGCAACAAGGAUCCAGCUCCUCAGCUGCUGUCAGUAACAGAUAAAGAUGGACCAGAAUUUGGAGCUCCGUACUCGGUGUCUUUACAGGGCAUGUCAAAGACCAACUGGACCGCUAGGAUGAACGACUCCAGAACAGAGAUCAUCUUGAAUUUAGCCACUGAGCUUCCCAGUGGAGAUUACAAUGUUAUACUGAGAGUGGCAGACAAACAUGGCCUGGAGCAGGACAGCAUCAUCAAAGCUGAAGUGUGCGACUGCAGGGGAGAAGAAGCAACAUGCUUCAGCCAUGCUAGCAACGUGCUCCUUAUUCGGGGAAUACUUGGAGGCAUUCUGCUGCUUGUGCUGACCCUGGUUGUGCUGUUUGUAAGUCUGAUGAAAGAGGAGCAGAAGGAGCCAACAUCUAAAGACAACAUCUUCUACUAUAACAGAGAGCAAAGCAGAGAGGAUGAUCAGCAGGUGAAAUUAUGUCAUUUGACCUCAGAGUGUCAGGACGCUGAAGAACCUGAGGCCAACCACUGAGAUAUGAGGUGGGGAAAAUGAACAGAGGGUGAAAAUGUUUCUUUAAGGGUGUUAAAGGUUGUCAAAGGUGUCGCUUACACAAAUAAAUAAAAUUGAAGAUUAAAUAUACAUAGACCCUAGAACAUGACAGGUUGAACCAAGUUUGAAUAAUUAAGAGAACAAUUGAUGAACAUAAUAGGUUAUGGAGGCGUAGCAGAGGGAGGUGUUUUGUUUAUCCUUUACAGGAGAAGAUUACAGGACCACAGCAAAAACCACGGAGGGGUUGGCGAGAAUCCAGGAAGCACCAGACCGAACGGAACCACCAGAAAGGGGCACCCAAAAGAAGCACUGAGAAACCUUAUAGAAGAGUAGUUGUUUAGAUUGUAAAGGAGCAUAAGUAAUGAAGAGUAAUGAGAGGGACUUUAGUAAUAGUUGGUAGGAUUUCUAUGUUAUGUAAAUUGCCCAAAAAUAGUGUUAAGGCCGGAUAUGUGCUACCCGUUAAAGGGAGUGAAAAACCAGGAGUAAAGUUUUACAGAGGAAACGGGUUAAACUAUAUAGAGACCGUUUCCCAAGAUUAAUAAGAGUAAUAUAGGACCUGUUAUUAGGAAAAGCUAAUUAUAUCUGUUUGGAUUUUACCAUGAGCAGUGAGGGAAGAAGGUCAGAAGUGGGUUUAAACUGGGAUUCUAGUUAAAAAGGGGGUAAUACCUAAGGUAGGACAGUUCACAGCCCGGAGCAAACGUGAGGUGCUGUCUAAGAGCUUGAUGUAUGGGUUUGAUUUAUUUGUUGUGGAUAGGAGUAAUUAUGCAAAAAUAAUAAGGGAACAUUGAAAACAUACAACCCGUUGAGGGGACGGAUGACCUAAAUGCUUGGGCAAUGGAAAGGUUCUAUUUUUCGGAAUGGUUUGUUUUGUUAUAUUUUAGCUAUUAUUGUCACAUGAAAGUAAACUUAAUGGGAUAAAUCAGGGAAUUAUGUCGUGUUUCUUGGGGAAACACAAAAAGGGGGUGAACUGUCAUGUAUUUAAUAUAUAUUCUUAAUGCUUAUUUUCUGAUUAUAUUGUUUUAUGUAUAGGCCUUUAUAAACCAGGCCCAGAGGUGACAAAGAACUAGGUCAAAGGGUGACAAGUUGCCCUGGCAACAGACUUUAGAAAGGAGAAGUAAAGAAAAGAGGAAGUUUAGUGCAGAGCUGCACCGGAAAUCUGACACAAAGAAAGAAGAACUGAGUAAACUGAGGGGGUGUGUGACGUAGCCGAACUAGACACAUACAGAUUCAUCUUGUGAUUUUUUUCAGAGCUGUGGGUGCAUGAGAGCGCCUAACAGCUCCCCAUUCCCGGGAAUGCAAAAUAAAGAUCAUUUUUGAGUUAGACCACUUUGAGCUGUGAGUUUUCUUCGCCGCCAAAAGAAUGCAAAGAACUGAAUUUAAUAGUCUCUAAACAGGAAAAUGUGAACAGUCAGGAGUUAAAGUGAGAUUUGGCAGGUGGGGAACCCUAAAAUUUGUUGUAAUGGCUCAGUGUGAGGAAAAGAAUCAUAACUCACAAUAUUUUCUACUAGGAGCUCCAGUAGAUGUUCUUAGUGUACAGGCUGUGAUCAGCUGACCUGUUGCUCUUUGUGGAUGUACACAACUUAAUUCAGCCAGAUGUCAGGAGAUGUUUCAUGAGUUGUCCUGGUCAGUCAAUGGAUCUAAGAAUUAUCAGCAAAAAUCCAUAUGAAUCUUUACAACACUUGAUGUAACAUUACUCUCACCAUGAAACCACAGCCACUGUGCAUCAGUCACACACUGUUAUUUACAGUAAAUCCAUCACAGUGCAGCAAACUAAUCUGUUUAACCGGCACUAACCUGCAGAGGAUUUUCAUGCAGUCUUUAAAUAACACAGUUAGUCUACCUCAGUACAGAACAUUUGACAAUAUGAAAAAACAUAAUGUAACAUGUGCAGACCCAAUAUCUGAUUUAAAACCAUGAGGACCUACAUGUAAGAGUUUAUUAAAUCCCACUGAGCACUCCUUAUCUUUACAUCUAACCUCUCUUCUUCCUCUCCCGUCCUCCUUCUUAUCUUUCUCCCUCUCUGAAUGAAGUUGAUGCACCUUCAUACUUCAUACAUACGUUUACCAGAGCUUCUGGUAAACGUAUGUACUGUAUAUACUUACCACCUCUUGCCAGUGUGUCGAUCAGUUAUCUUUUUUGGCCCCAAGUGUUCCCAACAAACACUAAAUGAUUGUCCCAGGUAACUAUAGUUACACAAAUGUAAUAUACACACCCACUACCCCAUCAUUUCAGAUGAUUUUCAAAGGGAAUUCUACUUCAUAGAAAAGACACGGGCAGACUACACUGACAGGAUGUGAUGUUACAACACUAAUCAAAUAUUAAUGUGUAAUAUUUGUUCAAGACAUAUUUCUUUGUUAUGGAAAAAAAAAUAAAAUCAUCAUGAACAACAGGAGUGAUGAUUUCUAGAAUUUGGGGUGUUUUUAUUUGACUUAAGCUGAAAAUAAAUACACAAUGGCAUUUCAUUUAGUUUAAUUUUUUGACAUAAGAUGCAAGAACAGAAAACAUUAAUCAUUACAAAUGUAUUGUGCAUGAAAUGGCAAUGAAAAUGUGGGGAUAGAGCCAGGUGCAGAUGUGUGUCACAAGUUAAUCUGGUUGUAGGCUACGCCACAGGUGGCGCUAGUAGACUUUGUUCAAAAUGAUGCUGAUGUUAGUCUUCUAACUAAAACCAGUCUUUUCUUCACAAUUUGGCCUCUUAACUGUUUGAAAGUUGGGCUGUUGUUUCUUAUUCCAGGCUUUGUACGAUAACUGAAACAUAUUUUGUAAAAUUUCUAAAAAUGAUGUGAUCCCUCAGAACCUGAAGGCAGCAGACAAUGACUGCAGUGCAGAACAGGACUACAAGUGCCUCAGUGAGUGAGCUCCGUUUAAAAAAAAUGGCCAACAUAUAUGGAGGAGGAGAAGAUGACGAUAUGCUGUAAUCACACCACAUGGCAUGGCUGCAUGUUUCAUUUGCAACUUUCAGCUACAUGUUAGUGGCUUUGUUUUGGUUUUUGUCUGCAAUGUGUUUUGCCUUAUCACUGCAAUCCCCGUUAGCAGUUACCAGGUGAUACUCAGAAACUUGAUUUUGAAAUCUGUUUUGAAUUCAUUAAGAUCUCUUUUACAUCCCUAUUUGACCUUUGACCUAAAGACUAAAAACAUAAAUGCUUUGUUAGUUUUCUGCUAGUUUUCUGAGUAAGUGCGGGAGCCACAGUGUGCACAUUUGUAUCUGUUCUAGGUUACUCAGCCACACUUGAAACACCCCGAGGCUCCUCAGUGACACUGAAAAUAUGUUGUUGUUUUUUUUUAAUAUUAGCAAAUAUGUUUUGCUUUGUUCUAUAGCGUUUGUACUACGGAUCUUUGUUUGUUUAAAAAGUAAAAUUAGAAAUCAUCAGGAUGAAUUUCAGGUAGCUUGCCAGUGCCACAUCACCCUUUGACAGUGUGCUCAACGAGUUGUAAAUAAAUACUUUCUAAAAUUGUUUCUUUGGGAUUUGUUAAAUAGAUGUCUUUAUUACAAUGCUUUGUAAAAAUGAAAUCUUUGAGAUACUUUGUUAUGAAUGCUUUGUGAAAUU